AUGGCCCCUGUAAAACGCUCACAGGUAGAGAAAGCACGGCAGUUUCUUGCUGGCGGUGCAGUCUUUCGCGAAGACUCGGAUGACGAGCUGGGUUACGAAGACCAUCCGUGGGAGUGGAUUUACGACAAUAAUAGGGGCGACGAUGCGCUGCCCGACCAGAAUGCAACCCCAAGAAAGAGAAAGGUCGCACCCACAUCACUUCAGAAUCGCAUAGUAGGUGCACGCAUGGGCAACUUCAAAUGCAAAGUGGGUGAUGCCGUACUACUCAAGGCAGAAGGCAAUCAGGCAUGGGUCGGUAUCAUCUGCGACUUCCACGAGGAUGCCGAUGACGACGAGAAGAUGGCCAAGUUUCUUUGGUUCUCUUCCGAGAAGGAAAUUCGCAGCCAGAACAAGAAGCGCACCGACUUCCUGCCAAACGAGCUAUACAUAUGCGCGUCCUUUGACGAGAACCCGCUCGCCUCGAUCAAUGGCACGGCGAAGGUACUCUCUUUGGAACGCUUCCAGGAGCUAUACCCCGCGGGCGUUAAGAAGUCGUCAAAGGACUAUGGCAAAGUCUUCGUUUGCAGGAGAGGCUGCAACACGCGUACAACCACCUAUACCCCUGAAUUCAAAUGGGAAGACGUGUACAAGGGUGCAGAAGAUAUUCAAGCUUUGAUCGACCUCGUGGAAAGUCAGACCAAGGCCAGCAGAAAAGGCGCCGGUCGUCCCAAGAAGCAACACAAGCAAGACUUGGACGACUUCGUAAUGCCGGACUCGGACGACGACGGUCUGCCCAAGACCCCGCGGAAGCGCCGGAAGCUCAACGAGGCGACUACGCCGUCUUCGACUAGGAAGAGCCCGGCAACGCGCAAGUUCCUGACACCGACACACAAGAGGAUUGUUGUCAAGAAGCAGUUAGAGUUUACGCCCCUUGGAACACGCGUUCUUGACCCUGUGGCACUCAACUCACCCUUCCAGCUUGCACGGAAUCAACUCCAUGUCUCCUCGGUACCGGCCGCCCUCCCUUGCCGCGAAGAGGAAUUCUCGACCGUCUACAGCCACUUAGAGGCUGCCAUCACAGAUGGCUCAGGGUCCUGCAUCUACAUCUCAGGCACACCGGGCACCGGGAAGACUGCCACCGUGCGGGAAGUAGUCGCACAACUACAAGCCUCGGUACAAGCUGAAGAGCUUGAUGAUUUCAUCUUUGUUGAGAUCAAUGGCAUGAAGGUCACAGACCCUCACCAAUCAUACUCGUUACUAUGGCAAGCACUCCACGGAGAUCGUGUGAGUCCAUCACAUGCGCUGGAGCUGUUGGAACGCGAGUUCUCUACCCCCAGCCCGCGAAGGGUGCCCUGUGUGGUCCUUAUGGACGAGCUUGACCAGCUUGUUACUAAGAAUCAAUCCGUCAUGUACAACUUUUUCAAUUGGCCGGGGCUACGGCACAGCAGGCUAAUCGUUCUCGCUGUCGCGAAUACUAUGGACCUGCCUGAAAGAACGUUGAGCAAUAAAAUCAGCAGUCGCCUAGGCUACACUCAUGACCAACUGAUGCAGAUUAUCCAGUCCCGUCUAGAAGGCGUUCCUGGCCACAUAGUGCAUCCUGACGCUGUGCAGUUUGCGGCUCGCAAAGUGGCUGCAGUUAGCGGCGAUGCCCGACGCGCGUUGGACAUUUGCAGACGGGCAGUGGAAAUUGCCGAGAGUGAAUCGACAGCUCAGUGUCGGGACGAUGAGGCACAACCAACAACUCCGAGUAGGACCGGUCGGGGUAGCAAAGCGAACCUACCCCAAGGCUCUCGGUCAAUUAAAGGUACCGGAGAAUUGGUCGGUCGGUCCAAAGAACAGGGGGUCUCCUCUGCGGGGCGGAAGGGUGUUGUCACUAUGGCGACGAUCAAACAGGCAAUUAACGAAGCGACCAGCAGUCCCCUGCAGCAAGCACUGCGGGCUCUACCGUUGGUAUCUAAGGUGUUCCUUGCUGCACUCUUGGCACGGAUCCGUAGGUCAGGAAUUGGGGAAGCUAUCCUGGGAGAUGUUGUCGAUGAAGUCAAACGACUUGGACUCAUGAGUCAGCUACAGCCAGUUCAUGGAUACAUUCUCGCUGUGCAAACAAAUGAGACAGUCGAGGGAAUUGGCAGCGCGGUGACGCAGCCAACAACGCCGUCAAAGCACCGAGACACUACUAAUGUUGGCUCGAAACAAUCGGACCUCAAAGCAGCGAGGGCACUGGGUCUCGCUCUUGCAGCCACCGAGCUCGCAGAAGCAGGCAUCAUAGGCGUAGAGGCCCGGCAUGGCGAGCGAGUAGGUCGCGUACGGCUGGGUGUGGGAGAAGACGAAGUCCGGCUUGCGUUAGGAGAUGAUGAGUCUGUCCACGGCCUGGGUUUCGCUGCCUGA